AUGAAGAGGAUAUUGCAGAGCAACAUCGAUUUGAAGAAUCCGUUCGUUCAGGCCGUCGAGCUGGUAUUAUUCCAGUCACUCGUCAACAUCCAAGUCACCCGUCAACUACAACCUUCCUUGAAAACAAUGAAAUUUGCGACUUGGAGGAAAUUAUUGACGAACCUGAAGAAGACACUCAAGUACACAGUCAAAGAGACCCUAUGCUUCAAGAACAUGCAGCUUUUCACCGCCUUCGUCGUCAUGCCGAAAGAAGAGAACAAACAUUCUUCACCAACAACCCAGACGCUCAAUUCCAUUCUGUAA